UGGAAGUUAGCUGUAGGGAUGGUGGCCAUCAUCAGUGGAAGUUAGCUGUAGGGAUGGUGGCCAUCAUCAGUGGAAGUUAGCUGCAGGGAUGGCGGCCAUCAUCAGUGGGAGUUAGCUGUAGGGAUGGCGGCCAUCAUCAGUGGAAGUUAGCUGUAGGUAUGGCGGCCAUCAGUAGAAGUUGUCUGUAGGGAUGUCGGCCAUCAUCAGUAGAAGUUAUCCGAGGGAAUUUCAGUCAUCGUUAGUGGAUGUUUCGACUUCCUAUUGAUUCAUUUUUGCACAUUUGGGGGUGAAGUAGGGAAUCCUUUGCUGCUUAUAAAGGGUUAAAAGAUAAACUGGAAACUCGGUCUUUGUGGUAAUCUUAUAUGGCUGAUAGCAGUGUGAAGGUGGGGGUGUAAGUUUGGGACAUUGCUGUGUGAAUAUUGUCAGAGAAGAACGGUGCUGCUUACAGUAUUGCUUCCAUAGGCAACUGAGCUUGCUUAGACUAAUACUAGAUUUAUUUUCAGAAGCCGUAGACAUAUUGCAUUUGUAAUACUUUUUUAUUGCUUUCUUCCUGUUAAAUAACUACUUUUUUAACACUGGGGAUUUAAAUUUAUAGCAAGACUUUUAUUAGAGUAGUACAUUAGUGGUAACUUGAAAGGAUAUUGUAGUUGUUUUGAAAAUAAAUUCCUCAUUUUGGAUCAGUGGAAGGAAUUACAAGUGCUUAAACAAAAUCAACUCUGAACUUAACAUUCAUUACUUUAAAUGUGUUAUGUACUGUUAUUGUCCCAAAGUAAAAUGUUUUCCCUUUUUCACUUUAAUCCAAAUUAAAUGUGAUGAUGCAGCAGUUAGAAGAAAACAGUGAGAGUGAAGGGAUCCAGUCUGCAUCAGAUGAAGGUGGUAGCCAUCCAUCUUCCUCGUCCUCCUCUAUUGUUAUUGUUGAAAAAGAGGACAUGGAGGAAGAUGAAGGAAAUGAAGAUGGUGGUGUAGUGGCCCAGGAAAAAGAUGUAUCUGGAAAUGAAGGUGUGGAAGAUGAUGAUCCUUCAGGGAACAAGCAUGCAUCAGAGACAAAAAGCGAGUCAUUUCUUUCUCAUGCUACAAGCUCACCACAACUCUUAGGAGAGCAGGAGUUGUUGGUAGAAGAAAAGGUAGCUGCUGAUGAAACUGCAGGCAAAGCAGUAGAUUCAAAGGGGUUGGGAGAGGGUUUGAAAGAUCAUAGCAAUAUAUUGGCUCCAACAGUUGAUACUGAGAUAAAGCAGCAGCAACUUGAAGAAGAUAAGAUGGAAACUGGUUGCAACACAAGUUUAUCUCCAUCUGCAACUCAGUCACAGUAUCCCUCAUCAUUGUCUGGUAAUCUGGAAAAUUUGUCUGGUUCAACUGGAAACCUAAAGAGUGAAACCCAGGAAAGAAUAUCUAUCUCACCAUCAGUCUCUGCCACAGAUGACUUAACAAAGGUGGAGCUGAAGGGCACCACAGAUGUUGAGACAGAUGCAUCAGUAUUAUCCACCAAUGCUGGGUCUCCGAAUUUGGAGAGCAGAGCACAACAGUCCAUGAGCCAUGAGAUGGGGGUGAAGACUUCAGGUGAACUUGUCACUGAAACAGUAAAAGAAGACCUUGAGAAGAAAGUCCCUGCAGAGCCAGUUAAGCAGCUGGUGACACAGGUAGUAGUUGUUCUUAUUUUUUUUUUAUUUAAGCACUGGUAAGUAAUGAUAUUACAA